AUGUUUUCCUUUUGGCUUUUCUCUGGCAGGUACUUUGUCAAGGUGGCUUGGGCCUGGACAUUCUUGCUUCUGCUGCCCUUCAUCGGAGUCACCACCUACCAGGUUGCCAGGAGCAAGUUCCUCUAUGGUCCCACCAAGAGCGUUCUGAUAGUGCUGCGGCGUCUCAGCGCACUGCUGGUGGGCACUGCCGUCUGGUAUUUGUGCACUGGACUCUUCAUAUAUGUUGAGAAUCUCACUGGCAUGUGCUCUACCUCGAGUGAACUCAGUGAGCCUCGCCGGCUGUAUGCCAACAAGCAGGACUGCCACCAGGAAAAGGGGAUCUGGAAUGGUUUUGAUAUCUCAGGGCACUGUUUUCUCCUCUCAUACUGUGCUCUGAUGAUUGUGGAGGAAAUGUCUGUGCUGGAAGGCUUGUCUGUAGACCAGAACUCUAGGCUGCGUGUUGUGAUCAACGGCCUCUUUGUUGCCUUGUGUUUUCUGACCGUGAUCUGGGUGUUCAUGUUUUUAUGUACUGCUGUGUAUUUUCAUGACUUCAGCCAAAAGCUCCUUGGUGUGCUAAUAGGUCUGACAGCUUGGUAUGGGACAUACAGGUUCUGGUACUUGAAACCCUUUUCUCCUGGACUGCCUCUCCCACGUAUUACUUCGAGUUCAAAGAAAUACAGUUAUAGCAGAUAAAAUAGAUUUUAAAGUUUUUGGAUUUUGUUUUAAAUACUGGCGUAGUUGAAUAUAGGAACGGUUACAAUGUUUACACUGUAAGGAACAAGGUGAUGAGCUGGGGAAGAGACGAGAAAAUCACAUCUACUAGCUGGUCUUUACUGGCUGACAGACAGUAAGGAGCUGUUUCCUGGUGAGGAAGAAGACUGGGUAUUGCAAAAGGACUACUUAUAGUUGGGAGUUACUAUCUGUGUUGCUGGCGUUCUCAGCAGAGAGUCAGAAGUUGGUCUGUUCCUCUGCUCACAAAAUGGAGGAACAAACCCAUGACUGACAGAGGCCUUCACUCUUAAGAAUUUAGCUGGCCUCAAAUUACUUCUCCCUCUUCCACUUUGAUUUAUUUUUUCCAAAAUACCAUGGAUGAUCCAAACCUCUCUUUUUGUUGCUGUUGUUCUUCAGUGUUCGUGCUUGUAUCGCCUUAGGGAAAACACUCAUGACAGUGCUGCUAACUGUUGCAAAAGAGAAUUAGCUAUCAACAUUCACUUGGUAAAGCAGUUUUGACCCUAGAACAUCUCGUGUUGCCAAGUGUUAAGUACACUAACUUGCCAUAAAUUCUUCUUAGUUCUGUAUGUUCUGCGGUGAAGAGAGUGGAUCUGAGAUCCGGUGUCUUAAGGAGGUUUUAACUUUAAAUUCAUGCCUACCUUUGAAAAGGAAAUUCUUGGAAAAACGAGUCUGAAUUUUUCCUUUAAGGGUUUGAAGUAAUAUUCUGCCCUUUUAGCCUUGGUACGAAACCCCCAAACUCUUCCCAGUUCUAGUAAAGUCUGUUAAGAGAAUUGAGGUCUAAUGUCCUUUUAGUCUUGUGAAUUGCACACUUUGUGACCAAGAGUACUUUCUGGUGUGUUUCUUCAUGAAGAACAAUGACAUUCUGGUGUUACGAAAAUGUUAGCUUGGCCAAUUAUUUCCUGAAUAUUCUGCUUGGUAAUGAAUGAAACAAUGUUUAUCCGAAGAGCUGCAAAGCAGUGUGCUUAAAGCAAUAUUUAUUCUUACUUAUCCAGCAGUAUCAGUAAGCUACUUUAAUUUUAAUUGCACAUAAGGCUGUAGCCACUUCUGAUGUGGCUGGAAACCCACUACUGAAUAAAACACUACUAUGAUGCAGUGAAUUGGUAUGAAAUGGGAUGGUUUUGAUAAUCGUAUCAGUCAAACAUUUAGCAUAGUUUUCAUCUUUAGAAGCUUUUUAUUAUUUCGUAAAGGCUUAUUCAUGUUGCAGUUGCACAAAAGUUGUUUGACAGUUGUAGUGCUGAGCCAGACAACCAAAAAGUUCUGUAGCUUGUCUGCGGUCAAGGCUGUGGACAGUGUCCAUUAAUUUGAUAGCAGACCUGGUCAGUCUAUAACGUUCGGCUCUAAGUUGAUUACUUUACUCAAUUUAGAGUAUGAUGUGCCAUACUGUAAUCUUUUUGUCAUCUCAACAGCUCCUUUCCAGCAAGAGAGAGGUGGUGUUUGUAGUAAAUACAACAGUGUUAAUUCCACGUUUGUGGUCUGCUCCGAGGAAUGCUGACCUCCCUUGAAUUUCCAUUGAAUGCAGUGGUAGGUGGGAGUUGUUGUGCAUCCUCAAAGUAAAAAUCAUCUCACAGAAAGAAGCUGUUUCAGGAGGUUGUGUAUUUUGUAUUAAGUUCCCCCUUUUGUUUUUGCAUUAAAUUGCCUUUAAGCUGCCUCUGUGGAAAAUCUGCACUGAUUUAACUCAUAUUGGGUUUAACUAAAAUUGUUUAAACAAUGCCAAUUCCUUUGCAGACGUUCUUUUGAUGUAACUUAAGCCUGCUCCCAGUAGAGUUAAGCUACACAGCAGGUCACUUUCAUCCAGAAAUAGGAUUAUAUAUGCAGUUGAUUUUCUAAUUAGUUUCAUCUGAUUUCAGUUCCCAUUUUAGGUUAUUUUAUGUACCUUUGCUACAUAGACAAGGCCUAGAAACAGGAAGUGCUGUCUAUUUAAACUAGCUGGCUUGCAGACAUUACCUUUAGCUCUGCAAAUACGUUUUGUGCGAUCACUAUAUGGAUAUUUCUGUCCACUUUUAACCAAUAUCAUACAACUUAUUAUUUGAAUCGUGUAGGAUAUGGUUAUUCUCACAACUUUAUUUUCCAAACUAAAUUGUUCAGGUGUCUUUAUCAGGGGUUGAGGCUUUCUGAAUCUAUUUCUGGAGUCCAUGCUGCUGCUCGUCAUGUCCCUGAAUGAUCCAAGCUCCUGGUUUUCCUGUGAUUGCUUAGGCACAUAAUCAGACUGUCAUUGAUAAUUCUGCAGUAUUUGAAUGGGUUAAUAAGGCAUAAAUUCUCAAAAGUACAGGGCAUAAAAAAAAUGCCUGACAAAGAUUUCUAGUGUGUCCCUGUUAUGCCAGGCAGUUGAUUAUUUAGGCAUGGGUUCAGUAUAGCAAAGCAAAAGCCUAAUCCAUUGAAAUGUGUGCAAAAAAUUCCUAUGGACUAUAAUCCUCUUUAGGAGUUUGGAAAUCUUGGCCUAACUUUCUUUCUCGGUACCCAGAGACCACAUGCUAACUGUUAGCUUAGAAGGUUCCUUUGUGCUCCUGAGCUCUUCUUUGCCACUUUUGACUCUAUUUCAGAGUAAAUCUUGUACUAUAUUUCUGUUCAUGGAUUUGCCAUCACUUUUACCUGAUUCUCCUGCUCCUCCCCUGGUUAAUACACUUUUGUCAUUGAAUUUAACAUGUGGCCUCUUUACAGCAGAUUUGCAGCCAGAAGAAAAGUGCUCUGAAUAGCUGGUUUUGAUGCCUUCUGCCAAAGGGGCAGAUCCUUUCUUUUAACUGUCAACGGUUAUUGCUAAUCUGUUUUAAGUUUUUAAAACAAAGUGUUAACAUAUUUUAAAGGUGAAUGUUCACAUUUGGUAAUGUGUUCCAAAAGAAAGCAACUGUAAUCAUGAGAAAAACUUGGUACCUUUUUUUGGCUUCUGUGCAUUAAAGUUAAUUAAGUACGGCUUUUCUCUUGUUCCUGCAGAGAUGUGUCUCCAUGUCUUUAGAACUACCUAUGGAAUUCUUCUCUCCAGCAUCUUACAGCUAUAUUACUUUAAUGUGUUUGCUAAUUUUUCCUUGCACAUGUUGAAGUCUGUAGCUUAUUUUGUGGGCUCUGUAUAACAGUGCUUUCACAGAAGCAGCAUGUGGUCUGAGUGAUGUGGGUGAGGGAGUUUUCAGUCUUGAUGCCUUAAGCAUUCUCCUCUGCUAGGCGAGUAAGGAAGGGAGCCUCAACUAGAACGGAGUGGGAAGUUUAAACAGCUCAGGAUUCAGUUCACUCUUGCCUUAUCUGGGAACUUUUAAAAAUGUUUGCUUUGUUGGAGGCAAGAUCAGAGAAGCAGAAAGAUUUAGAUCUUUUGUAAGAUCCAUCUGGACAAUUCAGACAAAACUGAAAUUGUGGUUUGAUUGUUCCUGGAAGUCUUACUUUGUUCUGUGAGUGCUUCCCUGGUGCUAAGUGGUAUUCUUGAUUUGCCGAUUUAUUUGCGAAUACUGAAACUUAGGUUGUGGAGCGGCUGCAAUAAAAGAAUCCUGUCUUCUG